AUGUCGCGCUUGGGGCAUUCCUUCGAAGAACAGAACCAGGUCACCGUGUCAAUUGCAAACACUACUAGCUUCCGUCUCUCCACGUUCCUCCUGUUGGGCAUCCCUGGGAUGGAGGAGCAGCACAUCUGGAUCUCCAUUGCCCUCUGCUCCACGUACAUCACGGCUCUGCUGGGCAGUGGCACCAUCCUGUUGGUCGUCACCUCUGGCGAGACCCUCCACGAGCCCAUGUACCUCUUCCUCUGCAUCCUCUCAUUUACAGACCUGGUGCUUUGCUCCACCACCUUGCCCAAGAUGCUGGCCAUCUUCUGGUUUUGGGCCCAGCCCAUCUCCUUCCAUGGUUGCCUCACUCAGAUGUUCUUCAUCCGGGCUGUUUUUGCCACUGAAUCAGGCGUUCCGCUGGCCGUGGCCUUUGAUCGCUUCGUGGCCAUCUGCCGCCCGCUACACUACUCGUCCAUCCUCAGCCCCGGUGUCACUGGAAAGAUCACAGUGGCCUGCAUAUCCCGAAGUCUAGUCGUCGUCAUUCCGUUCAUCAUCCUGAUCCACCGAUUGCCAUUCUGUGGACAUCAUGUGAUCUCCCGCACCCACUGCGAGCACACGGGCCUUGCCAAGUUGGCACGUGCCAACAUCAAGAUCAACAUCAUCUACGGCCUGACGGUUGCACUCUGGGGCAUGGGGGUGGAUACUGUGCUCACUGACUUUUCUUAUGGCUUCAUCCCCCAUACUGUUCUCCACUUGCCUUCACAGGAUGCCCAACUCAAGGCCUUCAGCACCUGUGGUUCCCACGUGUGUGUCAUCGUGGUCUUCUACAUCCGCUUCUCCUUCCUCACCCACUGCUUUGGUCACUGGGUGCCACCUCAGGUUCACGUUUUCGUGGCCAUCCUCUACCUCCUUUUGCCCCCUGUGCUCAACCCACUGGUGUUUGGCGUUAACACCCAGCACAUCCGCCGGAGGAUCCUGACUCUAAUCCUGGGGAAGAGCGAGGGCCCCCCACACCCCCUCGGGGCCCCGCACACCCCCUCGCUACUACCAUCAGUUCCAGCAAAGUGCCCCAGGGAGACGUCAUCACCCGAGAGACAUGCCCUGUGA